AUGGUGGCCAGUGCUCGAGUACAGAAGCUCCUCCGACGGUACAAACUAGCGAUCGCGGCCGCGUUAACUAUCCUCCUGAUCCAAGGGCUUGUAGUAUGGAGUCUGAGAAGUCUGGAAGAAGGCGAGGCGGAGAGGAAAAGCAGACGGUCUAAGCUGCCUGACCACAACAGCCAGGACCCCAAGAGAGACAGUGCACUUUGGGAGAAACAAAAUUCUUUGUCUGGGAGGAACAAGGGCAGAUGGAGCGCCAGGUUGGAGAGGACGGGGGGCACAGCAGCCAGUGCACUGAGGAGAGGGAACAGCCGCCGAGGAGGAAAGCCCAGCAUCAGGCUGAAGACUCCCCAAGCGCGGGGGAUGACGGGGGCGGGACUAGACGGCGUGGUCCUCCACGAUCUGUCCAGCAGCCGUAACUUCAGUGAGACCCGUGGUGGCACAGAUGGGGCAGCUAAGCUACCAGCUGUUGUUAUACCAGGGGAGCCAGGCAGCGUGGAUGGAGCGCACCAAGCCCCCAACAGUGACUUUGUGCCUAAAUGUGAUAUCAUGGGCAAGGACGCACUGUCUGCCCUCCAUCGUGCCGGCUCGCAGCAGUGCAGACAGGAGAUCGCCAACAUCGUGUGCCAGCAUCAGGCCGGGCAGCUCAUGCCAGACGCACUUCCCCAGUUCUGCCCACAACUCGGUGUGUCACAUCCGGUUCAGGCUGUUGGUGAGCUGGACAACAGCCUGUCCAAGGUGGAGAACCCUGUCAGGGUGGCUUUCGUUCUGAUGGUCCACGGCCGUGCUGUACGGCAGCUCAAGCGCCUCAUCAAAGCCAUAUACCACCGCGACCACUAUUACUACAUCCACGUGGACAAGCGAUCCGGCUACAUGCAUCGUGAGGUCCUGCAGUUAGCCCAGCAGUUUCCGAAUGUCCGAGCCACUCCCUGGCGGAUGGUCACCAUCUGGGGAGGAGCCAGCCUUCUGAAAGCCUACCUACGCAGCAUGCAGGACCUGCUCUCCAUGCUGGACUGGAAAUGGGAUUAUUUCAUCAAUCUCAGUGCCACAGACUUCCCCACUAGGACCAAUGAUGAACUGGUGGCGUUCCUGUCGCUGCACAGAGACAAAAACUUCCUCAAGUCUCACGGGAGAGAAAAUGCACGGUUCAUUAAGAAACAAGGCCUUGACCGUCUCUUCCAUGAGUGUGACAACCACAUGUGGCGUCUUGGCGAGCGCAGCAUCCCAGAAGGCUUAGAGGUCUCAGGUGGCUCUGAUUGGUUUGCACUCACCCGCCGCUUCGUGGAGUACGUCAUCAACUCCCAGGAUGACCUGGUGUCAGGGCUGAAGCAGUUCUAUUCCUACGCUCUGCUCCCCGCUGAGUCCUUCUUCCACACUGUGCUCGGGAACAGUCACAUGUGCGACACCCUGGUGGACAAUAACCUGCGAGUCACCAACUGGAACCGUAAGCUGGGCUGUAAAUGCCAGUAUAAACACAUUGUUGACUGGUGUGGCUGCUCUCCCAAUGAUUUUAAACCACAAGACCUCAUUCGGAUCCAGCAAUUGACCCGUCCAACAUUUUUUGCUCGUAAGUUUGAGUCAGCAGUGAACCAGGAGGCCAUAGACAUCCUGGACACUCACCUGUAUGGCCAGUACGCUCCAGGAACCGUUGCCAUCAAGGCAUAUUGGGAGAGUCUGUUUGAGCAGUUGGAUGGUGUGGGCUCGCUCAGUGACGUAGCUCUCACUGCAUACACUUCUUUCUUCCGCCUUGGCCUGAAAAGUCUGGUGACUACUCAGAGCAAUGUGGAAGCCUGCAGGUUUGAACCAGUAGGCUUCCCUCUGUCUAUACAUUUGUACUUUUAUGAUGAACGUUUCCAAGGGUACUUGGUCCGUCAGGAAGUCCACACUGUUGGGUCGAAGACCAAGGAGACGAUAGAGAUGUGGGCAGUGCCUCAAGCCACACUUGUCCUUGAAACAAACCUUAAAGAGUAUGAAAGGCUCAAGAACCUAGAAAUCGGUACAGAUUGGGAUCCCAAAGAAAGGAUCUUCCGUAACUUUGGUGGGGUGAUUGGCCCUUUAGAUGAACCACUGGCUGUCCAGAAGUGGGCACGUGGUCCAAACCUCACAGCCACCAUUGUCUGGCUCGACCCAGCUCUGGUGGUCGCAGCAUCUUAUGACAUUACUGUGGACGUGGACGCAGAGUACACCCAGUACAAACCGCCACUGCAGCACCCCCUGCGGCCCGGCACGUGGACGGUACGGGUGUUGAAACAAUGGGAGCGCGUGGCGGAAGUUCGUUUUCUUGUCAUGCCAUUAACCUUCAAUAAUAAAGAGCCACUACGCAAAGAGGAGGACAACUGGCUCCAUGCAGGACCUCCCAGUAACUUGUACCUGGAGCAGAGCUUCCAGCAGCUGAGCUCUGUGCUGAAGCUGCCUCCCCAGGAGCCUGCCAUGCAGCUGGCCCAGCGCAAUGCCCAGUUGGUGGGCCAGCCUCUCGAAGCGUGGGUGGACAGCCUCGUGGGGACAUACUGGGUUAUAGGUGACGUGUGCACCACACAGACUUCCUCCUGCCCAGCUUUGGCAUCUUGCUCCAAGACUGCCUGGAGCUCCUUGUCCCCAGACCCUAAAUCUGAACUGGGCCCAGUCAAAAGCGAUGGGCGGAUCAGGUAGCCCCAAGAGAAGAGAAGCUCUAGACUUUGACACAUGCACAGGAAGACCACAGGCAAGCUGGACCCACAUCAGAGACUUCAAACAGAACCUGUGUGAACCAGAUGUCGUCUCCGAGGUCGGCGAAGAGAUCAACACAUAAACAACGACAAGGCAUCUUCCUGUACUGAGGAGUCGCAACAUUCUCAGUGACGUGGUUUAAAAAAAAAAAAAAGCUUGAGAGACGAGGGUGUGACUGCUGGAAAUUUGCACAUAGAAGACUGCGAGCGGAAAAAGACUUGUAUCACUGUCUGCUGAAUGGGUACAUGAAUGCCAGAUGUAUUGCUGUGUUUUAAGCUGGCGCGCAGGUUUUCAGUCAGAGUCUGUCUGGGUCAGAGUUUGUUAAUAAGCCUCUGCACAUGUUUGAACUCUGUUUGCAGUUUUCCUCUGCUUUUGAAAAAGAAAAUCAGGAAGCAGGUGUCAAAACUCAGCAGCGGGCUCUGUGCUGUGUUCUAUCUUCAUUUCAAGGGAGAGUGGAACCUCUGAAUCACGUUAUUGUGCUUAUUUUGAAGCAUUAUUAUGUAAGCAUGUGGAACAGACAGAUGAAGUGCACUUUACUGUAAGACUAUGACACAGAGGUCACUUGGUUACAGUGUGAGGAGUAGAUGUUAAUAAGUCAUGGAAGAGGUCACAUCUGUUUUUCAAUUAUCAGUAGGCAAAUAACUGCACCUCAAUCCUUAUUGCACAGACACAUCAGUAAAUACUUGGACUGUAACUUGCGUGAGGGAAAAAAAUUCAGAAAGAAAGUGAGGUUCUUAGGUAUAGAGUCUUAUUUUUUAUUCUGUUUACUGUGACAUAUCACUUUUGAACAUUUCCUUUUUUUAUUCAUUUGUUGUCUCUUAGUUUCCUGAACUGGCUGUAAAGUGUUAAAUAGUUUUUCCAUUGUUGCAAAAAAAACCAACAAAAAAGCCACUCGAUGUUGUUUUUCUGAUCAGAGGAAGUGCCUAGACAGCUAUCAACACUGCGGAUAGCGAGGAUGCAUUAGAAACUCCUCUGAAAUAUUCGACGAAACAGCCUCAGCUCAGAAGACGCACAGCUUCGUGACAGCUGGGCAAACUUCCCCUGCUGGUAGCGAUGUGCGACGUGCUUGAAAACUCCGUAACGAAGAGUGAGUGCAUCUUCAGUGGAGGUUGUUGUGUGUGUGCUCUUUUCAGCGUCGAGACGAAAACAAAAUUUUCUGAAUUUUGGGUUGGAUUUUGGCUCUACAGCCAGUUUAGCAAGGUGACGAAAAUGUGGAUAAACAUUUAAAGGACAAGUUUAAGAAAAUAUAUUUAUUCGCUUUUUGCUGUUAGAUGAGAAGAUUGAAACCACUCUUGUGUUAGCUUAGCUUAGCACACACACAGAAUCUACUUCAGACGCCUUUAAAGCUCACUUGUUUGAAUAAUCCCUUUUUCAAAAUGAAGGGAAUGCAAAUGGCAAAUCAUUUUACGUGGGUGGAUGGGUAACCAACCAGGAACUCAUCUAAGAAGUACAACAUACAACCUCCCAUAAAAUGAAAGUUUGUCAUUUUGCUUCUGUAUUGUUUUUGUACAGACUAAACAAACAAGAAACAUGUUCAGUGAGCUGUGGCAGAUGUAUAUUGUUACCUUCACAACAGGUCAAGGCUAGCUGCUCUUCCUCACUUUGUGCUACGCUAAGCUAACCAGCUCUAGGCAGUAGCUUUUUUCCCACAUGUUACAUGUAUGAAAGUGGUAUCAGUCUUCUCUCUGCAAAAAAGCAACGAUACGUAUUUCCUAAAACGUCAAACUUCUCCUUUAAAUGCAGGCUUUUAGGUUGCAGACUAUUAUACCUCCUGUGUAUCUGUUUAUAUGCAGUAUUGUCACGCCUGUGUGUUCGUGUGCUCUGUUUGCCUCACAGGUCAAGUAUUGUUCACGUUUAGUUUAUUUAAGGUUCAAUUCAUUUAAACUCUUGACGUCCACCAACCAAAAACAGUACACUGUAUGUUUGUGUUUUUUGUUCUAGUGUGAUCCAGAGAAUCUAAGCUGCCUUUAUGUCAAAAAGAUGAAUUGUUUACUACGGGAUAAUAGCUUCCAGAGAUGUGCAAUUAAUGCCUUUAAUAGUGAAACCCCCUGUUUGUGUUUUAGGUCGGAUUUUUACUUAAUGCAAAUUUUUGUGUUCUUAAACAACAGUUGGCCACCAUAUGAGUUUUCAAGUGACCUUGUUUAGCUUGCACAGUACAGUUGCUUCAAUGAAGCCCCAGUUUAAUUGGGAUAAGAGAGCAGAAUAAUGGGUGUAACAGAUGUUAUUUUUCUAUCCUGUUUGAGACAAAUUAUGUAUGUUGUCCGUUCAUCUCUCGGCACUCUAAACUAUUAGAACUGCUGUCUAAUUGUGUUACAUUUCACAGUCCACCUGUUCGGUGUCAUUUGAAGCAGACCUUCUGUGUUUUGGGAGGAUGGGAGCUUGAGGUUUCCGUCCGUGCCGCUGUGAUAAGCAGCAGCAGUGUGACUGGUGAGUCAUCCAGGGGCUCUGUGGCUCUUAUCUGAGUCUGGAACUUUAGCCUGUCACUGUAAAAGCCUGUGGUAAUGCUCAUAGGACAGACAUCCUGACUGAUGACUCAAUAAAAAACACUUAGAUUAAG